AUGUCCUUCCAUUUCCCGGACAAAAUGGAUAAAUUGGUGAUAUUGUUCUUGGUUAUGAUAGCAUCAGAAGCUAUAAGGAAGAAAGGGUUAGGCGAUGUUGUGUGGGCAGUAACAAAACACAAGUAUGAUGGCAAGAAACCUCACAUCGUAUUCACUUACACAAGUCCUGAUGGCGAUCAAGGGUUUCCCGGGGAACUCAUUGUCACUGUGACAUAUAAACUUGUCAAAAACAAUGAAUUAAGCGUGGUGAUGGAGGCAAAGCCUAAAGAUAAAGCAACUUCGGUGAACUUAGCUCAUCAUACCUAUUGGAAUCUUGGUGGUCAUAACGCUGGAGAUAUUUUAUCUGAAGAAAUACAGAUCCUAGGCUCAAGUUACACUCCAGUUGACGGCGAACUCAUUCCCACUGGACAAAUAUCCCCGGUGAAAGGAACACCAUAUGAUUUCUCCAACUCCAUCGUAUUAAAGAUAAUAUGA